UUAAAAUGCUAGAAGGAAAAGCAACUGAAGUCUUAACUUUCAGAAGCUGAAUUCCCGGCUAAUUGAAAUUACUGGGCACCAUGCUAUCUAUAGCCAAUGAAGAGAUUUGGAGCUUUCACUCAGUGCCUUCAAGACAUGUCGUUGUGUAGUCAGAGAAAACAGAGAUCAAUGCAUUUCCAAACUGACAGAGGGAACGGAUGCUCCUUGGUAGCACAUGCCCAGGAUCCUGUGUGUGGGGCUUGCGCUGUGCUGAAAAGCUGAACACCGGUCCAUAUGCUCCUUAUUUACUGCGAUGUUCUUUGCAUGCUACUGUGCACUCCGGACUAAUGUGAAGAAGUAUCGCUAUCAAGAUGAGGAUGCCCCACAUGAUCACUCCUUACCUCGACUGACGCACGAAGUAAGGGGCCCUGAACUUGUGCAUGUGUCAGAGAAGAACCUGUCCCAGAUCGAGAAUGUCCACGGCUACGUCCUGCAGUCGCACAUCUCUCCGUUGAAGGCCAGCCCUGCUCCUAUAAUUGUCAACACAGAUACAUUGGACACAAUUCCUUAUGUCAAUGGAACUGAAAUUGAAUAUGAAUUUGAAGAAAUUACAUUGGAGAGGGGCAAUUCUGGCCUGGGAUUCAGUAUUGCUGGAGGGACAGAUAAUCCCCACAUUGGAGAUGACCCUGGCAUAUUUAUUACGAAGAUUAUACCAGGAGGUGCAGCAGCUGAGGAUGGCAGGCUCAGGGUCAAUGACUGUAUCCUACGGGUGAAUGAAGUGGACGUGUCGGAGGUUUCCCACAGUAAAGCUGUGGAAGCCCUCAAGGAGGCGGGCUCUAUCGUUCGACUGUACGUGCGCAGACGGAGACCCAUUUUGGAGACAGUAGUGGAAAUCAAACUGUUCAAAGGACCUAAAGGCUUAGGCUUCAGUAUUGCCGGAGGUGUGGGGAACCAACAUAUUCCUGGAGACAACAGCAUUUAUGUAACUAAAAUUAUAGAUGGAGGAGCUGCACAAAAAGAUGGAAGGUUGCAAGUAGGAGACAGACUACUAAUGGUAAACAACUAUAGUUUAGAAGAAGUAACACAUGAAGAGGCGGUAGCAAUAUUAAAGAAUACAUCAGAUGUUGUUUAUCUAAAAGUUGGCAAACCCACCACCAUUUACAUGACUGAUCCUUAUGGCCCACCUGAUAUUACUCACUCUUAUUCUCCACCAAUGGAAAACCAUCUACUUGGCAACAAUGGCACUUUAGAAUACAAAACCUCCUUACCACCCAUCUCUCCAGGAAGAUACUCACCAAUCCCAAAGCACAUGCUUGUUGAAGAUGAUUACACCAGGGAGGCUGAGUCCAGGGUCUGUGGUCUGAGCAGCAGCAGAAUGGAGCUGUCGUUACUAAGGAGAGAGCGGCUAUGGAAGGACAGGCCACCGGAACCUGUUUACAGCACUGUGAACAAACUGUGCGAUAAGCCUGCUUCUCCCAGGCACUAUUCCCCUGUUGAGUGUGACAAAAGCUUCCUUCUCUCAUCUCCCUACCCCCACUACCACCUAGGCCUGCUCCCUGACUCUGAGAUGACCAGUCAUUCCCAACACAGCACUGCAACACGCCAGCCCUCAGUGACACUGCAAAGGGCCAUCUCCCUGGAAGGAGAGCCACGCAAGGUGGUCCUGCAUAAAGGCUCCACUGGCCUAGGCUUCAACAUCGUGGGAGGGGAAGAUGGAGAAGGCAUUUUCGUAUCAUUCAUUCUGGCAGGUGGACCAGCAGAUCUGAGUGGGGAGCUUCAGAGAGGAGAUCAGAUUCUUUCUGUGAAUGGCAUUGAUCUUCGUGGAGCGUCACAUGAACAAGCUGCUGCUGCGCUAAAGGGAGCUGGACACACGGUGACAAUUAUAGCACAAUAUCAACCCGAAGAUUACGCUCGAUUUGAGGCCAAAAUCCAUGACCUGCGAGAGCAGAUGAUGAACCACAGCAUGAGCUCUGGGUCUGGAUCCCUGCGAACCAAUCAGAAACGUUCCCUCUAUGUCAGAGCCAUGUUUGACUAUGACAAGAGCAAGGACAGUGGGUUGCCCAGUCAAGGACUAAGCUUCAAAUACGGGGAUAUUCUUCACGUUAUCAACGCCUCUGAUGAUGAAUGGUGGCAAGCCAGAAGAGUCAUGCUGGAUGGAGACAGUGAGGAGAUGGGCGUCAUUCCCAGCAAACGAAGGGUGGAAAGAAAGGAACGUGCCCGAUUGAAGACAGUGAAGUUCAAUGCAAAACCUGGAGUGAUUGAUUCAAAAGGGUCAUUCAAUGACAAGCGUAAAAAGAGCUUCAUCUUUUCACGAAAAUUCCCAUUCUACAAGAACAAGGAGCAGAGUGAGCAGGAAACCAGUGAUCCUGAACGAGGGCAAGAAGACUUCAUUCUUUCUUAUGAACCUGUCACCAGGCAGGAAAUAACCUAUACCAGGCCAGUUAUUAUCCUGGGCCCCAUGAAGGAUCGCAUCAAUGAUGACCUGAUAUCUGAAUUCCCUGACAAAUUUGGUUCCUGUGUGCCUCAUACGACGAGGCCAAAGCGCGACUAUGAGGUAGAUGGCAGAGACUAUCACUUUGUCAUUUCCAGAGAACAAAUGGAGAAAGAUAUCCAAGAGCACAAGUUUAUAGAAGCGGGCCAGUACAACGACAACUUAUAUGGAACCAGUGUGCAGUCUGUGAGAUUUGUCGCAGAAAGGGGAAAACACUGUAUACUUGAUGUAUCAGGAAAUGCUAUUAAGCGGUUACAAGUUGCACAGCUCUAUCCAAUUGCCAUUUUCAUUAAGCCCAGGUCCCUGGAACCACUGAUGGAAAUGAAUAAGCGUCUAACAGAGGAGCAAGCCAAGAAAACUUAUGAUCGUGCAAUUAAGCUAGAACAAGAAUUUGGAGAAUAUUUUACAGCUAUUGUCCAAGGAGACAGCUUAGAAGAUAUAUAUAACCAGUGCAAACUUGUUAUUGAAGAGCAAUCUGGGCCUUUCAUCUGGAUUCCCUCAAAGGAAAAGUUAUAAAUUAGUUACUGCACCUCUGACAACGACAGAAGAGCAUUUAGAAGAACAAAAUAUAUAUAAUAUACUACUUGGAGGCUUUUAUGUUUUUGUUGCAUUUAUGUUUUUGCAGUCAAUGUGAAUUCUUAUGAAUGUACAACACAAACUGUGUGAAGCCAUGAAGGAAACAGAGGGGCCAAAGGGUGGGACAGAAAAGACAUUGCAGAUUGCAAGAAAGCUUUGGUUUGCUCAAAGUUUCAAGUGUAAGAAUGAACCUUUCAUGGGCUUUUGCCCACGAGAUGGGCAGCCUCCUCACCCCAGCAGUAGUCCAGAGCUGAUGUAGCUGCUGAGCUCUCUGUGUUGUUUGCUUUAAAGAAAAGUUGCCAGCACUUGAACUUCACCAACCUUACCAUUAUCACAUCUGUAAUUGGUACCCUUCGAAUUCUAUAACUAUGCACAUCCUUUGAUUUCUUAACAAGCAAAAGAAGGAAAGAAGGAGAAAGGGAAAGGAAUCCCUUUGGAGAUGGCAAAAUCAGGGAAGGAUAAAUGUGUAGUUUCCAUGGCUGGCAUCUGCAAAACAAGCAUUUCAUAGAAUUUGCCAGUUUAUGGAGGACCGACCUCAGAGGAGUUUAAACUCAAUCUGGGGUUAGCACUUUGAUUGUUUAUUGUCUAUUUUGCCAUUUAUAAACUGAAAGAAGGCAUUAAAGACAAGACUAAUUUAUACAAUAAAAUAUAUUAAAUGUAUAGAAAUGACUUUCUAUAGGUGAAACAAAGUUUUCUGAAAUAUUUUGUAAUGAUAAUUAAUUGAAAGACUAAAUGUAUGCACUGUCAGCAGAUGAUCAAAUUCCAGAACUGGAAGUUGCACUCCCCCUUUUGUGGCCAACGAUCCACUAAGAACAUCUGAGUUCCUUCUAAAAAGUCUGACAGACUUCUCCCUCUCUCACCUUCCAUCUUCUCCCUUCCAUAUUCGUGAUACACUCUCAUGGAGCACAUCUCUUAAUGAGUUUUCCUCAUGGAUAUUUUUGGAAACCAUUUGGUUAGUGCAUUUUUAAGCUGAUGGCUUUCAAGGACAAACUCAUGCAAAUUAUCUAAUGGGAAGUUUUGCUUUUCUCUUAUUAAUCUGAAUCUGAACCUGCCAUGCAAAUAGUAGAAUAACUUGGUUACUUACAUUAAAAUCUUAAAAAGAUAAUUUAGUAUUUUGGCGAACUAGAAGUAAUUAGAAUUUUUUGGCCUGUCUCACAAAUAAAUAAGACUUUUGUAACAGCCAGAGAUGGUUAAAAAAAAAACCAUGGAGAUAUCUGCCUAAGAUGCACUGUUUUUUUGAGGAAGAGAGAGAGAAAGAAAUAUCUGUAGGAAGGUGAGGGGUGCAAGCUUUUGUUUCUCUGUACAGGACAAAGUGAUAGAACCACAAGAAAAUGCAAUGACUUUGAGCUCAACCAAUUGAACUACCUUUCUUGGGGGCUGCACCUGGAACAAGUUUAUUUUUUAGAACUAUAAUAUGAUUUUUUUUUUAAAAAGAAACCUCCCGAAGCCUAUAUAAAUUAAGAGUUGAUGAUGUCAGUAUUACUUGUGCCCAUGGUGUUUAGAGAGAGACUUUUAAUAACCACUCAACUCUGGGUUCUACAUAUGCCCAGACUAAGCCCCGUCGCCUUAUUUCUGGGGUACAUGCAGACCUGGCAGGGAUUCUGCCACACUGUGCAGCAAACCAGCAUAGAGGCUGGAUGAGAGAACAGGAGAGUCAUCAGCAAUGAUGGGGCUUCUUCAUAGUAAAAACAACGGAGCUCAGAAUGAGGGUCUCUUUCUGAAAUUGAGCAUUGAUUUUACACUAAAUACCAUUGUCUGCCUGGCUGCAGUCACCAACACAAACACAAGAGUACAAAAUUACCCAUCUACCAAUAGUCAUGAUGCUGCCUUUGCCACUGGAAGGGCUAGCAAAGCAUUUUGCCACUGAUGCAAGUUAAAUUUCCAGAAACUUCCUUAGAGUACUCAAAACGUCAAAGCUGUGUCCUUAACAGUAAUCCACCAGUUUCAGGUCAAGUUCUACUUCCAUCAUAUUGCUCCCAAAGUUUUCUGCCACCAGAAUGCCAUUCCUGAUCCCAGCUCUCUUUCUAGGCCACCAUGAUAACUUCUUUGGUUUCUUAACUGAGCAUGCAACCGUUUAUUUAAAGGACUGUCAUUAAUGAGUAGAUGUUUUUUUGCGGGUCAUGUGAUGUGCUUUCCAUUUAAUAUUAAGUAUUGCUGUGGCUGAGUUGAGUACAAUCAAAUUGAACCACCAUCCCUUGGUUUUGUAGUAAUAGAAUGAUUUAUUUUCCUAGUGUAGAUGCUUCCAAAUUAGAAUUGGCAUUUGCACUGAUUUUUUAUGUAGAUUUCUAUACAUAUAUAUACACAUAUAUUUGCUUGAAGAAUCACCAAGCUCAUUGGUGAGAAGGUCUUUUACUAUAGAAUUUACACCUCCAUUUGUUGUAUUGUCUUGCAUUUCCCAAUGUUGAGGUCUCUAGGGCUCCAAUGAAUUGUUGUAGCUCACAGCAAAUCUGACCACUUGGAUGGAAAUGGCAUGAACGUUACCCAGAUUACAUCUGGUGCAAAUGCACUUGGAGCCUGGGACCAGACUGGUGCUAACACCGCAAACUUUGUCCAGAGCUCUCUCCAAUUUGAAGGCUUGCUGGGGGCGCAACGUCACUUUUACAUGCUGGGCCCUUUCAGAAAAGUGCCAGAUCGUGUCACUGGUGCUAUUUGUCAUGCUCUGGUACAAUGUGUAGCACCAUGGGGGUCUCAGCUUUACCAAAAUCAAAAUCCCAUUUGUCAGCUACUUGCAGGGGCAUUGGCAUUUGGCUCUCCUCCCCAGGAUUUGUGGACUGUGUUCACACAGCCCUUUCCUCCCAGGACCCUAGUCUUGGCUCAGUCUGUUGUGCGAGCCCAUCUUUCCAAAUCUGCACUCAGGUGCUCUGUGAACUGUCUGUGAACCUACAGCCAGCCCUUCGGGACCUUCUCUAAUUUUUCUUCCUCUGCUCUCUGUCCUCCCCUUUUAUUUCUGUCUCAUUCUAUUUUUCUCUUUUUGAACCUCUCCUAGGAUCCUUCUUUCAUGGUUUCUCUGAGUCAUUGACCCCCAACAGUCCUUUAUUCUCUCAUUCCUCAAUUCUCUUCCCAUUCUACCUCCCAUUCAUCUCAGUCUCUUUUCUCUUCCUCUUUCCCUUCCUUUUUGUUGACCAUCUCUCCAUAUCUCUAAGCAUCUCUCCAACCCCCACAUGCCCUCGUGCCCUUAUGUUGUGGUCCUGUGUGGGCUCCUGGCUGAAUCAGACAGCAAGUCCAUCUGUUGGACUGAUGACACAAAUACUUUGAGUCAUCAUUUCACCUCUGCAGCCCAGAAAGCCCAGCUGAGAGUGAGGGCCCGCUCUGGAGCACUCCAGUGCCCUCACGGAGCCAGCCUGCACCGCUGCCGGGCAGCGAGGAUGCAUGCUCUGGGCAUGCGACACCUGGGUGCGUCUGCCUGAAGCUGGUCCUGAGAGCACCUCUGGCACCAUGGCCUGGCUCUAAGGACACUUCCUUUAAAUAAAGGCAGACUAUGGCCCCAACAGCUACUCUGGCAACAGAACCUCUCCUUUUUCAUGGAAGCCAUGCCACCGCCUUGGUUUGGAGAGAGACACUUUUCCACCUUCAUACCCUUUCUUUUUCCCAUUCUUAUGUGAAGCCCCCUCUGCUUUUCAGCUGGUGAUUGCUCUGGUGAGAUGGAAUGGACUUGCUGGUGAAAUGACAUCUUUUUUUUUCCUGUCUUGGUCCUGCCUAAAUUCUUUCAAAAAAAUCUUUAAGUCAAGGACUCAGGAUAGCUCCUAAAUUUAUCAUAGUAAUUUGUCAUUCCUAGGGAGGAAAAGGGGGAUGUUUCCCUUAAAGCAUGUGGAGUACCUGCUGUGACAACUGAUUUAACAGAGGACUCCCUACAGAAUUCUGUGGCUAUACAUUUCAGUUAUGUGUGGUAGAGAUAGCUCAUCUGUUAUGUAUGUUCAUACUACAUUGGGUAUGAAUGAAUGGAUGAAAACCCACACAUAUUCCAGUCUGUAAAUAUCCUUCCUUGCAGAAAUCUGUGCUUCAGAAAUCACUUCUUGUACAGCUGUGCAGUUUCUUAUUGCAGCUGAGGAUGAGCUAAGGCCAGUAGACAAACCAGGCAAAGAUCACCGAAAAGGUAGAAUAGAGAAUCUCCCUAGCAAUUCGUGAGAACAGACAACCAAAUGGCCAAGUUGACUCCCAACGGGAUGGAAAACUUUUCUUCCGUUCUUUUUGAAUUUGUGUUUCCCAAGUGUGUCUUAACUUCUGAGCGCACCAGGCUGUACCUGUUAGAACUUUUCAAUAUGACAAUUUUGUGCUUCUCUCUGACAGGAUGUUUCUCCAUUGAGCUGUAGUGCAGGAUGGUAGGGGGACACUCCUUGCAGGGGCUGGAGCUUACAGAGACACUGCACAGCUUACACUCCUGUUAAGUGUAAAUAUUCGACACUUCCAUUCCAUUUGUGUACAAAAUAAAGCACACAGAAUUAUAAAAUCAAGAUGUAUAUUUCA